UUUCCCCAGUGACGCGUAGCCAUUGCUCACAUCAUAUGUUAUAUAUAUACUUGGCUGCCUGCAGAUGUGUCGUUCAGCUGAUCUCCAGCAAUGGACCUGCAGAUCAUGAAGCGAUCACGAAGGGAUGAUGGGAAAGAACCCCGGGUUGAGACCACCGUUGCGAAUGAAGAAGGGUACGACGACUGCAGCAUCACGCGCCUUCCAGAGGCGUGCCUGGCUCACGCCAUCUCCUUGACCACUCCCAUGGACGCGUGCCGCUCCUCUGCCGUGUCUUCCGCCUUCCAAAAGGCGGCGAGCUCUGACACGGUGUGGGAGCGCUUCCUGCCGCCAGGAUACACCUCCAUCCUCGAUCGCGCCGAUCAUCCUGUGGAUCUCACGUCCACCAAGAAGGAGCUCUUCCUCAACCUCGCACAAGACCACGUCCUCCUCGACCAAGGCACCAAGAGCUUUUGGUUGGAACAAACAAGCGGCGCCAAGUGCUACAUGCUAUCAUCGAGAUCACUAAUGAUUAUAUUGGCGGAUAAUCCCAUAUACUGGAGACAGUCUUAUUUACCCGAUUCCAGGUUUGAAGAAGCAGCUGAGCUUCUAUCUGUCUGCUGGUUUGAGAUGUCUGGCAACAUCGACUGCACAGAGCUCUCACCCAACACGCAAUACGCAGCCUACCUCGUGUUCAACCUGGCGGACGAAUCGUACGGCCUCGACUGCCCGACGCAAGAGGCGUCUAUCACCAUUCGCGAUCUGAUGGUAUCAGCAAAGCGUACCGUCUCUCUGCACCCACGCACGACGGCGCAAGAGACACCGCCCUGCGGCAGCGGUGGUGGCUGCUUGGGUACAAGAGGAGGAGACGAGCGAGGAGGAGGAGGACGAGCAGAGGAGGAGAGUACCGUGAGCUACCCAAGGGAAAGGGGUGACGGCUGGAUGGAGGUAGAGCUGGGUGAGUUCUACAACCACUAUGGGGACACUGGAAUGGUCGCCAUCCGCCUGACAGAGACCGUACAGCUUCACUGGAAGAAAGGCCUCAUCUUGGAGGGUGUCGAAAUAAGACCGAAGAGUUAAUUAGACUUAGAGGACGCAGCGCUUAUGUAUGUAUGUAUGUAUGUAUGUAUGCGUGUCCAUGCACUAGCAGAACCAUUGGAUCUGUGUUGAGACUCGUGCAUCUUGCAGAUGGGAUUUGCUUGUAAUAAGGUAAAAAGAAAAAGGAGCAUUGUAUUUCUUGAGACAAAUACAUUUACAAUGGGAGUGCAUAGAGAUGUGCUUAUAUAAGAAAACUAGUUUAUUUUCACA